AUGAAGCGCCUGCGACAGAGAGAAACUGUCGGAAGCAAGCAAUUGCGAGUCGUCAUCAAGCGACGGCCGGCUGAUUUCAUUGCACAGAGUUUAUGGGGUUUGUUUAACACAAAAGGCGCCUGUGGCAGAGAGAAACUGUCAGAAGCCAGCAAUGGCGAGUCACCAUCAAGCGCGGAUUUACGUGAUUGGGAAACAUGGUUGCAGGAGAAGACAGCGAUUUUAAUUCGUCGUGGUGUACGUAAUACUAAUCUUAAUCUUCACGGGGAGAUAAAUAUGUUGGCAUUAAACAAGGGUGAGUCUUCAGCAAAAAACACGAACUCCAAUCCAGAUCCAGAUGUGAGUGAAGAAGAUCAGGAAGAAGAGGAGGGCGUAGAUGAGAUUGAUGAAUUCUUUAUGGACAAGGGAAAUAAUGACAAAAUUCGCAAUGAUGACAUCAGCGACGAUAAUGGUAAUAAUAUAAACUUCAUAGAACGCAUAGAAGAAUCCAAGCCAAUGUCAUCAACUUCUCAGCAUCCGUGGAUCCUCCGUAGCGGUACAAACGUUGGAGAUAAAUUGACAAGUUAUGUAAAGACAAUUCCUGAGGCCCAAAAAUGUUUGAACUUUGCAUAUUGGAAUAUACUUGAUUUGACUGAGAAUACCCAAAUAAAAUCUCUUUUCUCGACAAAUGACUGGGAGGAAAUGGUUGAACGUUUCAAUAAUGAAGUUAAAUUGAUCGAAUCGGAUUUUCUUGAUGUGGUAGAGUAUUUUUUCGAUGAAGUUGAAAAAAUAAUAAAGAUAUCAUCAACGCAAUCGAUAGAUAAACCCCAGAAAUUAUUGAAACGAAUCGAAAAUGCUGAAAAUCUGGAAAGAGUUGAUCUUCCCGUUUCCGAAGCUGGCUUCGACAACGCAUUUCCCAACAUGCUUGCAAAAAGAUUCUUAAAUAGGGAGGAACUAAAGAUGGUAUCUUGUCGCCGAAAUGAAGGUCGUUCCGUUGUUCUCAGAGCUCGCAUUGGACAGAAGUGCGAUUUUCGAGGGACUUUGAAAAAGAGUAUUAACAGGCUUGAGGCUCUCAUAGGUCUCAGAAGCGGUGGACUACCAGAACCUCAUCAAAAAAAGAUUUGCGAAGACAAAGUUGACCUAAGUGUGGCAAUGCGGGAUAUCUUAUAUACGUUCUUUAAAGAGAAUUCCAAAGCACCUAGCUCUGACAUUCAUUCCACAUUUGUCUUUGGAAUACACUCAUGGGGUAAUUAA